AAAAGGAGUUCUACAGUUGAAGCAAAGUCCGCUGGUGGUCGAGGUAAGGCCAAAGGUUCAAAAAAAUCAGUGUCCAGAUCUCAAAAAGCAGGUCUCCAAUUCCCUGUUGGCCGUAUUGCUAGGUAUUUGAAGAAAGGUCGUUAUGCUCAGCGUCUUGGCUCUGGUUCACCUAUCUAUCUCUCUGCUGUUCUUGAAUAUCUUGCUGCUGAGGUGCUAGAGCUUGCUGGGAAUGCAGCUAGAGAUAACAAGAAGAACAGGAUUAUUCCAAGGCAUAUACAACUGGCCGUGAGGAAUGAUGAGGAACUUAGCAAGUUGUUGGGGUCGGUCACCAUUGCUAAUGGUGGAGUUCUGCCCAAUAUUCACUCUAAUUUGUUGCCCAAGAAGAAUGGCAAGGGGAAAGUGGAGUCUGCAUCUCAGUCUCAAGAGUUUUAAAUUUUAUGUUAAAAUUAUUUCUGUGAAUGGGUUGUUUUUUAUAUAACAUGUUUGCUUCUGUCUUGUCACCUGAUUUGCUAUUCCGUCUAACAUCAACAAUGAACUGAAACAAAAUGUAGUUCCAUUGAAUAUAUAUCCCAUUGCAUUUGGUGGUGUCUUA